AAUUGUAACUCUCCUUAGCUAGGGACUUGAGAGCUCUCGGUCAACAACCUCUUUUCACGAGCUGUCAUGGCCUCCAGUAUAGAUCUUGUCAUCUUGUUUCUCUGGAUUCUUCACUGUGGAGGCACUUUUGAAGUACAACAGGAGUCUUUAAUCCAGACUGCUUUUGCCAGUGAAGUAGUGAACACAACCUGCAAAGCUAUCUUCCGUUAUCAAAAGGAAAAUACAGACUUUAAAAUUAUUUAUUACCGAAUUAACUCAGGAGGUGAGAGAAUCAAAGUACACACAUCUAAAUUUUCUGAACCAUUCCCUUCUGAAAAAGAGAACCAAACAACAACAAAAAUUUGCAGCAUUGCUAUCAAACCAACUGAACAUGCCUCUAUUAGUGGUGCUUACUACUGCCAAGCUAAAUGGAAACAUACAGAAAAACAAGGAAUGGGGACUUUUAUCUUUUUUAGAGACAGAGGAUAUACUGAGCCUCCCCUUACUAUUUGGGUGUGCCUGAUCAUCCUUAUAGUUGUUAUGGCUGUUGUGAGUAUCCUGGGAACAGUACUGCUGUUCUGGAAAAGAGAGGCAAGUUAUUAA